CUGAUACUUGGAAGUACUGGCUCGUUUCAGAUUGUGAGAGUAAUGUCUAAGGCCCACCCUCCCGAGAUGAAGAAGUACAUGGACAAGCGGGUGAAUCUGCAGCUGAAUGGGGGCAGGAAAGUGCAGGGCAUAUUGCGGGGCUUCGACCCCUUCAUGAACAUAGUGAUGGACGAGAGUAUUGAAGAGCGGAAGACGGGGGAGACUUUCGACAUUGGAAUGGUGGUCGUCAGAGGCAACAGCAUCAUCAUGUUGGAGGCGCUCGAACCAGUCAACUGACAUGGGAUGAAAUAAAAGAGGAUGGAAGAGCUCCAUCAUCCAUGCUUUUAAAUCAAACUUCUUACCUCUUCUUGCGUGACUUUUUUUGAUGAUCUCGUAGAAAGCCUGAGCUGUUAACGUACAACAAGUUCAUUCACUGUAGGAGCCUCUUUUUCUGUUGUUUUCUUUGAUUAAUUUGUCUGGUGAAUUUAACUGAUUAGUUUGUGUCUACAUGAUAAUUUUUUGUGUCCAACUGAUACCCUAACUUAAGUAACACUGAACUAAAAAUUCGUUUUCAGUGUCAAUGUUCGCAUUUAUUAUUUCACAUUCACGCAGAAUAUAAUAUGUUACAAAAUAUUGGCGUCAUUAAUUAAUCAAAAAAAAAUCCAUCGAAGAAUUUUGCAUAUUUUUGCAAUUUCAGGGUACUUUGAGGCAUUAAUUCAGUCUAAUCAACAGUGUUUUUCUUGCAAAUUUUUUUCCGAAAAUGUCAAAUGCCUUUUAUAAUUCAUUUUUCUAUCCGAAUUUUUUGCAAAUUUUUAGCUGGGUAACGCAACAACUUAAUUUAGCGUUUCGGUUGGGUGAUCCAUUGGCUAUUGGAAUUUAAGCAGCACCUGCAUUGCUCAUAAUAGAAGGUUGCUCGUCUCUUAAGUUGCUCUCGAGAAGGACACAGAGUAUGUGUUAAUGGGGUAAGAAAAGGUUGGAAUACAGUUGCAAUGCGAAUCUAUUUGAGGCUGAAAAAUGAACUAUCGAAAGUCUUGUGGGGUCGAGUAUUUUUCAUUCUCCUGACUUAAAUUUCAAAGUGGAUCAAUUGUUUUAUGUGAAAAAGAAACACGUCGCUUUUUUAAAACUGAAAGCUCCGAGUAAAAACAAACUUGAGCAAUUUUUUUUUUCAGAAUGAAUUAUUUAUGAGACAUGAAAGCGGAUAACUAUCGAAAGUUGUUGCAGCAGUCUAUCAAAGCGUUGGCUCAGUUGUUUUUGAAGUUGCUAUCUGAUUUGAAAUCCAUUGAAGAAAAGUUGCUAUCUUUACUGAGAGAAUAUUUGAACUACAGAAAACAGUUACUAAUAACAAGAGAUGUUCAAUUGCCGUGUCAUUUAGAAGAAGAAUUUCCGGAUCUCAGAGCUCUGUUGUCAAUUAUAGUAAACAGGGGCUCGGAAAAAUUGAAAAUUAGUAUAGUGAAACUACUCGAUAUGUGGAAAACUGCAUGCGAUGAAAUCAACACUAAGUUGAAAAAAUUUGAGAAUGACUUGAACUUGAUAUUUAAUCCGACUUCAACUGAUUUCAGUUCAGACGAUAUGAAAACUGAAGAGCUUCAAACAUCCCUUGAGUUCAGUGCUAGUCCAGAAAUUUUAUACGAAGCUUCGCCCAGCUCUUUUUCACCAAUCAAAUGGUACGAACAUUUCGCUCGAUUAAGCCAACAAGUUGACCAGGAUUACCUUUUUUGGAGAUCGCAUCUGAAACACAUUUUUUCAGAACCACUCGAAAUUGAGGUAGAUUUGGAAUCAGUUCCUGAUAACUUUGAAAGCUUAAAACACUUGUGUAGGUUUGAGACUUUUUUCGCUGUCUACAUGGAAUUCAAUUAGUGCUUUUGUUUUCUAGUUUUUUAGUCUUCAUU